ACACACAUUUUGGUGGCUACCACAAUUUUUGGGGUAACCCCCAACAUUAGUACUAUGUUAUGUUAGUACCAGUGUAAGAAUUUUUUUUUGGAGAUGAUGAACUUUUCAGCCUCAAAAUUUUCUUAAGCAAAAAAAUUUGGAAAAUUCUUAUAAUUUCAAACUCGUGUAUAUAUAUUCUCACCCACAAUUAUCCAAAAUCCAGCCAUCUCUUUUCUUCUUUUGCUCCAACCACCAGAGAAACACUCAAUUUUAAUUUUCAGCUCAUUAGCUAUUUGCUGAAAACUAGGAGUGAGAAAGAUGGCAUCUUCAAAACCGCAUGGUGUAGAAAACGUUGGAAGUUGUUUGAGAAACACCAAAGGCUUCACCCUCCAAGUCCUUACCGGUUGUUGGUUCAUGGAGUUCUCCUCAUUCAUGAUCAUGUCAGUGUCAGGAGCAAGCUACAUGUUUAGUCUUUACUCAAGGGAUAUCAAGUCAGUUUUGGGGUAUGACCAAUCCACCCUCAAUUUCUUAAGCUUCUUCAAAGACUUGGGGUCCAACAUAGGCAUCAUUUCAGGCCUAAUCAACGAGGUAACACCCCCUUGGGUGGUCCUAACAAUUGGUGGGGUUCUCAAUUUUUUUGGGUAUUUCAUAAUUUGGCUUGCAGUGGCCAGAAAAAUUGCUAAGCCCCAAGUUUGGAACAUGUGCUUGUACAUCUUCAUUGGAGCCAAUUCUCACUGUUCCACCAACACUGGAGUCAUUGUCACCAGUGUAAAGAACUUCCCUGGCACAAGGGGCAUUGUAAUUGGCCUCUUGAGUGGGUAUCUUGGCUUGAGUGCAGCUAUCAUCACUCAGAUAUACUAUGCCUUCUAUGGAAAUGAUUCCAAGUUUCUAAUUUUGCUCAUGGCAUGGCUACCAACUGCUGUAACUUUCGUUUUCUUACCAGUUAUCAGGCACCACAGGGGAGUUCAACAGCCAAAUGAUUCCAAGGCUUUCUAUAAUUUCCUCUACACCACUCUUGUCCUUGCAGGGUUCCUCAUGGUGGUGAUCAUAUUGCAAAAACGUUUCACCUUUACAAAGAGUGAGUAUUAUAUCACUACUAGUCUUAUGCUUCUCUUGCUCAUCCUGCCACUUGCUGUUGUUAUGGUUGAAGAAAAAAAGAUAUGGAAGAGGAAACAAGAACAUAUCAACAGUGAAAACCCUCUUAAGGCUUUGAAUAUAACCACAGAGAUGCCAAAUCUGGAGAAGUCUACACAGGCUCCACAAAAGCAAGCUUCCUGUUGGAAAAGCAUGUUCAGGCCACCAAGUAGAGGUGAUGAUUACACAAUACUUCAAGCCCUUUUCAGCCUUGACAUGGUGAUUCUUUUCUUAGCCACAAUUUGUGGACUUGGUGGUACCCUCACUGUGUCAAAUAACUUAAGCCAGAUUGGCACAUCUUUAGGGUAUUCGGCACAUAGUAUAACCACAUUUGUGUCCCUUAUGGCCAUUUGGAUCUAUAUGGGUAAGAUUGUACAGGGAGUGGUCUCAGAAAUUAUCAUAGCAAAAUUCAAAGUCCCUAGGCCUAUGAUAUUCACAUUAAUUCUUGUAUUACCUUGUGCUGGUUACCUUCUAAUUGCUUUCGAUGUCCCAAAUGGUCUCUAUGCGGCCUCAAUUAUAAUUGGGUUCUGCUUUGGGGCUAACUGGCCACUACUAUUUACCAUCAUAUCUGAACUUUUUGGUCUUAAAUUUUACUCAACUUUGUACAAUGUUGGGUCAGUGGCAAGUCCAAUUGGGUCAUACCUUUUCAGUGUAAGGCUUGCAGGGUAUUUGUAUGACAAGGAAGCCACUAGGCAAAUGGCAGCAUUAGGACUAAAGAGGAGGCCUGGGGAGGAGUUGAAUUGCAAUGGGAGUGAGUGUUACAAAAUGGCUUUCAUUAUAAUCACUGCAGUUAGCUUGUUUGGGGCACUUGUGUCUCUCAUCCUGGUGUUAAGGACUAGAGAGUUCUAUAAAGGUGAUAUAUACAAGAAGUUCAGAGAGGAAGCUAGAACUGCUGAAGCUGAAUUUUGUCCAACUCAGAACAAGAAUGGACAAACUGCUGCAUAUGAAGGCUAGAUAUCAUUGGCAUGGAAUUGAUAAAUGAUUGACAUAGAUAUCAAAAUGAAAUUAGAACCAGGGAGCUUAAGCAAUAACAAAUGCAAUUAAAUUUCCAUUAGUUUGUAGUUGAUGUCAUGUUAGGUUCUAGUGAUGUUAUGUUUUCUUUUCAAUGAAGUAAAAAAAUAUAUCAGCUUGUAACAAAUCAAUAUUGUGAUCAGCAACCUUUAUUUUAGCAAAGAAAAUUUGAAGAAAAAAAGACCUA